CCCUAAAGACGGUGAUGGAUAACAUAAAGAUGAAAGAAAAAGUUGGCAAAUCACAAAUCGCAGAACUCCCUAUCCAAGAGACAAAUCCAAAGAAGAAACAAAAACUUUGUGCAUCACAAGUAACCUCAAGUCCUUCCCUAUCAAAGAUUGAUUUGGCAGAAGCGAUGAAGAAGCAAAACGACGUAUCUAUGUUCCUCGCGGGGAAAGUAAUCUCAACCCUAGCCAAAACCUCUAACUUGGUCUUUUCACCGGCAUCAAUAAACGCCGUGCUCACCAUGGCGGCUAAUAGGCCAGAAGAAAAAGAAACAGUAAGAUCCUUCAUCCUCUCCUUUCUUAGGUCUUCCUCAACCGACGAGCUCAACGCUGUGUUCGGUGAGAUCUGUUCUGUGGUUCUCGCAGACGGCAGUGCGAGCGGUGGACCUAAAAUCGCAGCAGUCAAUGGAGUCUGGAUCGAUCAAUCACUCUCGGUUGAUUCCUCGUGGAACGAUCUCUUAGUAAACUUCUUCAAAGCUGAAUUCGCUCAAGUUGACUUCAGUACCAAGGCGGAAAUAGUGCGUACGGAGGUGAAUGCGUGGGCUUCGCGUCACACAAAUAAUCUCAUCCAAGAUCUUCUUCCUCGACGAUCCGUGACAAGCCAAACCGAAUGGAUUUAUGGAAAUGCAUUGUACUUCAAAGGAGCUUGGGAAAAGAAGUUUGAUAAGUGUCUGACUAAGCACAAACCAUUUCAUCUUGUCAAUGGCGAAUCAGUCUCUGUGCCUUUCAUGAGCAGCCAUAAGAACCAAUAUGUAAAGGCUUAUGAUGAUUUCAAGGUCCUGAGGCUCGGUUAUCAAAAAGGCCGUGAUGAUGCCGACCGCCAAUUCUCAAUGUACUUCUAUCUACCUGACAAAAGAGAUGGAUUGGAUAAUCUUUUGAAGAAAUUAACAUCUACUCAUGGAUUUUUGGACCGUCACAUUCCGAGAUACAAAGAUCGAGUUGGUAAAUUCAGAAUUCCAAAAUUUAAGAUCGAAUUUGGGUUUGAAGCUUCAAAUGCGUUUGAUGAUUUUGAGCUACAUGUGUCAUUGUACCAAAAAGCUUUCAUUGAGAUCGAUGAAGUAGCUACUGAAGCUGCAGCUGCAACUGCCUUCGGCGGAGGUGGUGGCCGUCCGAAGAUGAUAGAUUUCGUGGCAGAUCAUCCAUUUUUUUUCUUGAUUAGAGAAGACCGAACCGGAACUGUUUUAUUUGUUGGUCAAAUCUUCGAUCCUUCCAAAUCUGAUUAGGUCUUGUAUUAAUUUUGCUGUUUCUAGGUUUGGGUUUUAAUUUAUUGUUGUUUAGCCGAGUUUUUUUAAAUGUUC